AUGGAACGAGAACUGAACUUGGACUUUAAGUCCAUGCCCAAGAUUGAGCUCCAUGCCCACUUAACAGGCAGUAUAAGCCGGCAAUGUCUGCACGAGAUCUGGGAAGUAAAAAAAGCAAUUGGGGGAACCGACCUAGAAGACCCUCUAGUCGUGAUGCCGCUAGGUAGACACGACUACGAUCUCACAACCUUCUUCCCCCUCUUCUCCUCUUACAUCUACAACCUAAUUGAUGACGCCCCAUCCCUCGUGCACUCUACCAAAUCCGUUGUGCGCGACUUCGCCGCUGACGGAGUGGCGUACCUUGAGCUAAGGACGACACCGCGCGCGAUGACGGCCGCGGGCCUGGAUAAGGCGGGCUAUGUAGCGGCAGUGCUGCAGGCGAUCACGCAGGAAGAAGCGCAGACGCAGACGCUCCACGCGCGUCUUAUCCUGUCCAUCGACCGGCGCAACACCCUCGCUGAAGCGUACGAAGUCAUCUCUCUCGCGAAGCAAUUCCGGGGCCAAGGCGUCGUAGGAAUUGACCUCUGCGGCGACCCUACGAAGGGGAAUGUAGCGCUAUUCACGCCCGCGAUAAAAGAGGCACAGGCCGCGGGACUAAAAGUAACGAUCCAUUUCGCGGAGGCGGAAGCUAGUGCCAGUUUAAACGAGCUGAGAACGAUAAUGAGCUGGAUGCCGGACCGGCUAGGCCACGUAAUCCACGUGCCGGAGGAGGUCAAGAGGCAGAUAGCGGCGCUGCCGGGGAUUGGGCUGGAGCUGUGUCUUAGCUGUAAUGUUCACGCUAAGAUGAUUGUUGGAAGUUUCGAGGCGCAUCAUUUCGGGGAGUGGUGGCGGGUUGAUGGACCGGUUGUUGUGCCUUGUACUGAUGAUGUGGGAGUUUUUGGAAGUCCGCUGUCGAAUGAAUGGAGGCUUAUACAGGAGCACUUUAGACUACAGCGAGAGGAAAUAUUGGGUUUGGCAAGGAAGGGCAUUGAUGUCAUCUUUGGGGACGAUGAUGAGAAGGCGAGGUUAAGGGAGAUCAUGUGGUGA